ACUUCAGACGCUCAUUCACCUACCAAUGGACGAUACGAGUACUUUGUGCGAAACUUCGAUGGUCAUAGAGUAAAUUUUCCCCUGAUGAGAAUGCAGGUGGAAAUAAAUUACUACUUCACAUUCUAGCCUUUCAUUGCUUCCUUUCUCCCUCUGCGAUUAUAUCUCGAAGCCAAAUCGAAAGGCCACCGUUUGCGAUUACUCUUACACCCCACAAACAUCCUCAAUCGCAAAAGAAAUCUUUCGCCAUGACACGAAGACAACGUCUCGCCGUGACCAUAGGCAUAGGACUAGCCAUCUUCCUAAGCUUCACAUUCAUUCUCUCAACCCACAGCCGCGGCGGAAACCUAGCAGACUCCGAAUACCUCUCCUCCAACCAACAACCCCUAGCAAAGCUCGACGACAGCGUAUUGAAAGGCACCGCGACAGCCGCCAAAAUCGAAAAUGCAACGUUAAAGUAUUUUCCCCCUCUCCUUUUAAUCUCUCAUCACUAACAUACUUUUUCCCAGGGCAGAACUCGGCCACGCAUCCUGGAAACUCUUCCACACGAUGAUGGCCAAAUUUCCCGACAAGCCCACACCCGAUGACAGCGCCGCAUUAAAUACCUACAUCCACCUCUUUGCACGACUAUACCCUUGUGGUGAUUGCGCCAGACAUUUUCAAAAGAUAUUGAAGAAGUUUCCGCCGCAAGUUGCGACCAGGAGUACGGCUGCGGCGUGGGCGUGUCAUGUACACAAUGAGGUUAAUAAAAGGCUGAAGAAACCGCUUUUUGAUUGUAGCAAUAUUGGAGAUUUCUAUGACUGUGGGUGUGCGGAGGAUCCAGAGGAUAAGAAAAAAGGGGGGAAAGAGGGGCUGAAGGAAAAGGGGAAGAAGGACUUUACGCCUUUGACUAUCAGUGAUAAGGAGGGGUGAGUUUUGUCUCUUUCCUGGGUGAGGAAUAUAGGGUUAUGGGGGAAAUACUGACCAUUUUUUGCAGUUUGACUAGAGGGGGAUGAACUUUGUACAUUUUGGUAGGAUGUUUGAGUAGGGUGUAUAUAGAUUGGGAGAGUCAGUAGGUUGAAGGCAUUAAAGCACGGCGUCAAAGGGCAAUUUUGGGAAAGCAUUUUGUUUGAGAUUUGGAGUUUGGUAGAAGAAAUACUCUACAUAUUUCUCUUGACUAUCACUACCCUCGAGGUUACUUUGGUAAAUGAAUUAGAGAAUCUUCGAUUGUAUCUGUACUUUUCUUUGCACCUUAUCUGGUAGAGAUGGUCGAUAUUUGGGAAAUCUCUUUCAAACCCGGUCUUGGGAGGCAGUGAUGAGCUACCAAUAGUGAAAUCAACGAUACAAAUUCGAUAGAGAAAUCUUACAUUUCAGCUCUCGACUUCUCACUUCUAACCUCAAUCAUUGGCGCGCGGCUUUGAGACCUAGGAAGCGGCUGACUAAUCCCAAUCACGUGUAGCCUCGCGUCUCGACUGCCUGAGCUCCAAGAGCUUCGGCGACAACAGCAACAGCUCCAUCAAUCCAGAAGCUGUUCAACCUCAUACACCACUUUGACAGAACAAUUCAAUUCUCGCCCAACUUCCCACCAUCUGCAAUAAUCAUCAUGGAUUUCGGUACCUCAGGAAAUCUGAACGAAGGUAUGGUUUGACCCAUAUGGACAGGCGACACUUGGAACAAUAGCUGAUUACAGCUUCCCAUAGAUGGAAUUCACGUCGAUAUGGAUCGCCUGAAGAAGGGCGAAGUCAAGUAAGAUCUGCCGAUACGUUCCUUAUGUAUUUUAAUGUACUAAUGAUAUACGCAGCUUAGGAACUUCAAUGUAAGCUUCAGUUUGAGCGACCCCUCCAACGCCAAUCUAACUUUGAACUAGCAUGGCUAUCAACUUCAAAGAUGGUGUCAUAUUGGGUAUGUUUAUGGAAUUCUGGCGCAUUCAGUUCACAGGCUGAUAUGUUGAAUGAUUAGGCGCGGAUAGUAGAACGACAACUGGAUCAUACAUUGCAAACCGAGUUACGGACAAGCUUACACAAGUCAGCGAUACCAUCUGGUGCUGUCGGUCAGGGUCUGCGGCAGAUACACAAGCAGUUGCGGAUAUCGUUCAUUAUCAACUGGGAAUGUAUGGAAUUCAAAAUGGCAGACCACCGACCACUCAAACUGCCGCGGCGAUGUUCCAGGAAUUGUGUUACGAUAACAAGGAUCGAUUGAGGUAUGGUUUCGUAUUUUUGAUGGCGUUGUUUCAAAACUGACUUUAGGCAGUGCCGGAUUGAUCAUUGCUGGAUGGGAUGAGCGACAUGGUGGACAGGUUUAUUCGAUACCAUUGGGAGGAUCGUUACACAAGCAAUCAUAUGCCAUCGGAGGAUCUGGUUCAACAUAUAUCUACGGAUACUGUGACGCCAACUGGAAGGAGGGAAUGGAAGAGAAAGAGGCAGUUGACUUUGUCAAGGGUGCAUUACAAGAGGCUAUCAAGUGGGAUGGAAGUUCGGGAGGAGUGAUCAGAAUGGUGGUCUUGACGGCCAAGGGGGCUAAUCGCCAUCUGUAUCUGCCAGAUACGGAUUACGCAGUCCGCCACCAAUAG